GAUAUUACAGCAUAAAAGCAUCAGUAGGCUUACCCCACAGCACUGCUCUUCCAGAGGCAGGACAAACCAAAGAUGCGCACCUUGGGAGCUGUUGUCGCUCUCUUGCUCUGGGGUCAGCUUUUCGCAGUGGACACUGGCAAUGAGGGUACAGGUAAUGCAGAUGACAGCUGCCCAAAGGCCCCUGAGAUUGCAAACGGCCACGUGGAGCACUUGGUUCGCUACCAGUGUAACACCUACUACAGACUGCGCACUGGAGAUGGAGUGUAUGCCUUAAACAGUGAGAAGAAGUGGACAAAUAAGGCCAUUGGAGAGAAGCUUCCUGAAUGUGAAGCAGUGUGUGGAAAGCCCAAGAACCCAGUGGAUCAGGCCCAGCGGAUCCUGGGUGGAUCAGUGGAUGCCAAAGGCAGCUUUCCCUGGCAGGCCAAGAUGAUUUCUCACCAUAAUCUUACCUCAGGGGCCACACUGAUCAAUGAACAAUGGCUGUUGACCACAGCUAAAAAUCUCUUCCUGGGUCAUGCAGAUGAUGCAAAAGCAAAAGACAUUGCCCCUACUUUAAGACUCUAUCUGGGGAAAACUCAGCUUGUGGAGGUUGAGAAGGUGAUUCUCCAUCCUGAUCACCUCCAGGUUGACAUUGGGCUCAUCAAACUCAAACAGAAGGUGCCCGUUGGUGAGAAAGUAAUGCCCAUUUGCCUUCCUUCAAAAGAUUAUGCACAAGUGGGACGUAUAGGUUAUGUGUCUGGCUGGGGGCGAAAUUCCAACUUUAACUUUACUGAGCUACUGAAGUAUGUUAUGUUGCCUGUGGCUGAGCAGGAUACCUGUGUAAAGCACUAUGAAGGUAGCACACAGCCUGAAAAGAAGCAAAAAAAGAGCCCUGUAGGAGUGCAGCCCAUUCUGAAUGAGCACACCUUCUGUGCUGGCCUGUCCAAGUACCAGGAAGACACCUGCUAUGGUGAUGCUGGCAGCGCCUUUGUCGUCCACGAUGAGAAUGAUGAUACCUGGUAUGCGGCUGGGAUCCUGAGCUUUGAUAAGAGCUGUGGAGUGGCUGAGUACGGUGUGUACGUGAAGGUGCCCUCCAUCCUGGACUGGGUUCAGAAAACCAUAGCCGACAACUAAUGCAGGGCUGGGUGGAAGCCCUUGCCUGAAAGCAAGAUUUCACUCUGGAAGGCAGAAAACUGGAUGGGAGCGGAGGGGAUAAAACCUGGUGUGAAACUGAUGGGUUCCAGCCCUGCGUGGCUGAAAUAAAGAUCUUUCUUCUGA